UAUAUAAGGCCCUUGGCCCCUUUGCCUGUUUCCAGCGAUUGGGGAUUUUAGUUUUCUCCAUCUAAAAAGAUUUUGAACCAUUAUCGAACCAUGAUACUAGAUAAUCUUCGUUACCAUGAAGAAUUUCAUCACCAUAACAUCAUCGUCACCGCCUCUUUCUAUACUUCUCCACCAAACAGAUGUCCGUGCCAUCGCAAACCGGUACGCAGCACAAUUACAGUUCUGUUGUGCCCAGAAUCCCAUAUCUCAUUCUCUUGCCCAAUCAGUUCAUGCGAACAUAAUCACCUCCGGUUUCAAGCCACGAGGCCACAUCCUCAAUCGUCUGAUCGAUAUUUAUUGCAAAUCAAAUAACAUUGUGUAUGCGCGUUAUUUGUUCGAUAAAAUUCCUAAACCAGAUAUUGUCUCAAGAACAACUCUAAUAUCGGCUUACUCUGAGUUAGGAAAUGUAAACUUUGCUAAGUAUAUAUUUGAUGAAGCCCCUUUAAGUAUUCGUGAUACGGUUUCUUAUAAUGCAAUGAUUACUGGGUUUUCACAUAAUAAUGACGGUUAUAAUGCAAUCAAACUUUUUAAUGAGAUGAGAAAAUAUGGGUUUAAACCGGAUAAUCUAACGUUUGCUAGUCUUCUAAGUGCCGCAGCGCUUGUAGCUCAUGAUGAAAGAGAGUGUAAACAGCUACAUUGUAAUGUAGUCAAAGCGGGAGCAGAUUUAUUCGUUUCAGUUUUAAAUGCAUUAAUUUCUCUUUAUGUGAAAUGUGGAUUUUCGUUGUCAUCUCCAAUGAGUGAUGCUAGGAAAUUGUUUGAUCAAAUGGAGAAGAGAGAUGAACUGUCGUGGAUGAAUAUGAUCACUGGUUAUGUUAGGAAUGGAGAGAUUGAAUCUGCAAGGGAGCUUUUUGAUGGGAUGAAUGAAAAUUUACAGGUUGCAUAUAAUGCGAUGAUUUCAGGUUAUGUUCAACAUGGUUUCAUGUUAAAGGCUUUAGAGAUGUUUAAAAGCAUGCAUUUGGAGGGUAUCGAGCUCGAUGAGUUUACUUAUACAAGUGUAAUAAGUGGUUGUGCAAAUUCUGGACUCUUUCUUAUUGGUAAGCAAGUCCAUGGUUCUAUUCUGCGGACAGGAUGGAGGCCAGCAUCUAAACUUGCACUACCUGUGAACAAUGCUUUGGUUACAUUAUACUGUAAAUGUGGGAAAGUCGACCAGGCUCGUCAAAUUUUUGAUAGUAUGUUGGAGAAGGACCAUGUCUCGUGGAAUGCAAUUUUAUCGGGUUAUGUUAGCGUUGGACGAAUUGAUGGUGCUAAAAAUGUGUUCAAUGCUAUGCCAGAAAAGGAUCUCCUAACAUGGAUGGUGAUGAUUUCGGGAUUUGCACAGAAUGGGUAUGGAGAAGAUGCGCUGAAGCUGUUCGACCGAAUGAGAACCGAGGACCUUGCUCCAUGUGAUUACUCGUUCGCAGGUGCAAUAACCGCAUGUGCAUCUCUUGGAGCAUUGGAACAUGGGCGGCAGCUCCAUGCUCAGCUUAUUCAGUUAGGGUUCAAUUCAAGCCUCUCAGCAGGAAAUGCAUUGAUAACAAUGUACGCAAGAUGUGGGGUUGUUGAAGCAGCCCAUGUAGUAUUUCAUACGAUGCCUUACAUUGACUCUGUUUCUUGGAAUUCCAUGAUAACAGCUCUUGGACAACAUGGUCACGGACUUCAGGCACUAAAAGUCUUCGAUCUGAUGUUGCAAGAGAAUAUUAAACCAGACCGUAUUACUUUCUUAAUCGUUCUCACUGCUUGUAGCCACUCGGGUCUGGUCAAAGAAGGAUGCAAGUAUUUUGAAUCAAUGGAUAAUGUCUACGGAAUAACCCCUGAUGAAGACCAUUAUGCCCGUUUCAUUGAUUUACUUUGUCGAGCUGGGAAAAUCUCAGAAGCUAAUGAUUUGAUUCAAAACUUGCCUUUCAAACCAGGGGCACCUAUAUGGGAGGCACUUCUUAAUGGUUGUCGGAUUCAUGGUAACAUGGAAGUGGGUAUUCAAGCUGCAGAUCAGCUCUUUCAGUUGACACCUCAGCAUGAUGGAACAUACAUUCUGCUGGCUAAUAUGUAUGCUGACGCCGGACGGAGGGAAGAUAUGGCAAAAGUAAGGAUGAUGAUGAGGGAACGAGGGGUCAAGAAGGAACCUGGCUGUAGUUGGUUGGAGGUGGCAAACAAAGUUCAUGUCUUCUUGGUAGAUGACACAAGCCACCCACAGGUGCACGAAGUCUAUACUUAUCUUAGAGAACUGGGCGUUAAGAUGAGGAAAUUGGGUUAUGUCCCUGAUACCAAGUAUGUGUUACACGAUAUGGAAUCUGAGCAGAAGGAAUAUGCUUUGUCUACUCAUAGUGAGAGACUUGCAGUAGGGUUUGGGCUUCUAAAGUUGCCUCGUGGAGCUACUGUCAGAGUUCUGAAGAACUUGAGGAUGUGUGGGGAUUGUCACACUGCCUUCAAGUUCAUAUCAAAGUUGGUUGAGAGAGAAAUUGUUGUAAGAGAUGGUAGGCGGUUUCACCACUUCAGGAACGGUGAAUGUUCUUGUGGUAACUACUGGUGAAGAAUAUUAAGAAUCAAAUUUGGUGUUUGGCAACUUGGACACUGGAGGACUUCGUGUAUAUUACCUUGAAUUCUUUGUUUCUAUUUCUGCUUAGAUCUCUCAAGGCAUCAAACUGUAGACGAACAGUCUCAGAAAAAUAUCACGGGGUUGUAAUGAUUCUUGAUUAGGCCAUGUUAAGGACUUCUAGUGGAUUAUCCUACCAGUUUUUCUUUUAAUUUUGGUGGGGAUGAAAUUGCAGACAUGGUUCAGGUUUCCUAA